AGCGCAAAUGUUGACUAGUGAUAUUCAAGAUAGUGAGAGAUGGUUCCUUAGUUUUCUUCAUUCUUCCCAAAUAAAAAGUAAAACCUAGCGUAAACAUUUGCUACACCUUCUGCGCGUUAUUCCUCUUUUCGUUUCAAAUUCAAUUGCUGCGAUCUCCAUUCUUCUCCCAUGGCUUACGUUGAGGGAGGUGUCGUGAAAUCAAAGCGAUCACUAUGGCGACUCAAAACAAUAACUGAUUUUUUUUGGGCCAUUGUUAACAUUAUAGGCGUGUUUUUUGCUACAAUGUUUUCGAUGGAAAAGGCCGAUGCGUACAGGAAAGGUGCCGCUUCUGGUAAGAAAUGGGAUGGUGGUGCUCCUGGAGGUCCGGGUGGAGGUGGUGGGGGACCAUAUGGCGGUGGUCCACGUGGCCCACCUCGUGGUGGUCUUGACAAUGUUCGUGGCCUAGAUAGUAUUAGGGGGCGUGACCAUGCCUCUCUUCCUGCCUGUGGCUCCUGCUGUGGUUGAGUGUUUGGUAUCCAAUCUACUUAUUGCAUUGGUCGGCUAAAUUUGUAUUUGGUGUUCAUGGAUCAAAGCAAAAGAAAGUUAUGACUAUGUUGUUCAUACUUUUAUAGUUUGUUUUUCUAGCACAGGCUUGAGACAAUAUCAGUAAACUUCUUUAUAGAGAGAAAGUAUAUGAAUAUGUGUGCGUGUAUUUUAUUUUUCC